UUCAGCAUUUACCAUUCUAUGUAUAACCAGAUCAGCAGCACGAAAAUUAAACUCACAACUUCAUAUCCAAUUCUCUGAGGUUAAUCAAGAAAUGAUGGUAGUAACUUCUUCCAGAAUACUUGUAUUUACUUUCUGUAUUUUCAUAGGCUGUAUUUCCGUUAGCUGGUCCAAGUACAUAAUCCACAGCUGUGGAACUAGUGGCAACUACACGAGUAACAGUACUUAUGAAAAAAACUUGGACAGGGCUCUAGCCACCCUCUCUAUUGCUGCAAAUUUAAGCAACUCUGGUUUCUACAACGCCUCAGUGGGGGAAGACCAGGACAGAGUUAACACGAUCGUGCUUUGUAGGAAAGACUUUCAGCCUGAUGUUUGUAGAAGUUGUGUCAAUGACUCAAUUAUCAGGUUGAAAGAAUUAUGUCCUGACCAAAAUGAGGCUGUUGGAUGGUAUGAUGAGUGCACGUUAAGGUACUCAAACCGCGUGAUUCUUAACAACAUUGAAACGCUGCCAGCUUGGUCUUAUUAUAAUUCCGAAAGUGCAACUGACGUUGCUCAAUUUGAUCAGGACCUUCAAAAGUUGUUGAGUAAUUUGAAAGUGCAAGCUGCAGGAAAAAAGUUUGCCACUGGGAAUGUAAGUGGCCCGGACUUCUUGACUAUAUGGGGGCUUAUGCAGUGUACUCCUGAUUUAUCUUCAACGCAGUGCAGUGAUUGUCUUGAUACGGUUACUGAACAAAUUCCAUUGUGUUGUAGUGGAAAAAUUGGCAGGCAAAUUUUUAAUCCCAGCUGUAAGCUUAUCUAUGAUAUCAGACAUUUUUUUAACGAAAUUUCUCCAGUUAAUGCACCACCGCCAAGGCAGCAGCUGUCUCCGCCAUCACCCCCAUCCGUGAUUCCUGGCAGAGAUAAAAAUACCAAAAGAACAGUACUUAUAACUGCAGUUGUGGUUUCUGGUCUUGCUAUGCUCUUGAUUGUUCUGUUUUGCAUCUUCCGAAGAAAGACAAAGCAUCGCAUAAAUACUGAAACAGUGCACCAUGGCUCUGUCGAAGAUAUAAUCAGCAUAGAAUCCUUCCAGUACGACUUUGGUAUGGUAGAAUCUGCUACAAAGAGCUUCUCAGAUAGCAAUAAGCUUGGGGAAGGCGGAUUUGGAGCUGUUUACAAGGGUACUCUGGAAAAUGGUCAAGAAGUAGCUGUAAAAAGACUUUCUAGCGGUUCAGUUCAAGGUGAACAAGAAUUCAAAAACGAGAUCAUAUUAGUGGCACGACUGCAACACAGAAAUUUAGUUAGACUCCUCGGAUUUUCCUUCAAAGGAACCGAAAGACUUUUGAUAUACGAGUUUGUGCCUAAUGCAAGUCUUGAUCAUUUGAUAUUUGAUCUAGAGAAGCGUUCAUAUUUGGAUUGGGAAAAACGAUACAAAAUCAUUGGAGGAGUUGCAAGGGGACUUCUGUACCUGCAUGAAGAUUCCAGGUUACGAAUCAUACACCGUGAUCUAAAAGCUGGUAAUAUUUUGCUAGAUGGGGAGAUGAAUCCCAAGAUUGCAGAUUUUGGAAUGGCAAGGCUAUUCAACUUAGAUGAAACUCAAGGAAUGACAAAUAGAAUUGUGGGAACAUAUGGAUAUAUGGCACCUGAGUAUGCCUUGUACGGGCAGUUUUCAGUGAAGUCCGACGUGUUUAGCUUUGGUGUCUUACUUCUGGAAAUAGUAAGUGGUCGAAAGAACUACAGUUUUUUUCAGAAUGGGGAGAAUACAGGGGACCUUGCAAGCUUUGCUUGGAAAAAUUGGCGACAAGGGACUGCAUCCAAAGUUAUAGAUCCAGUAUUAAGAAACAGUUCAGGUUCAGUACACGAAAUGAUGAGAUGUAUUCAUAUCGGGUUACUGUGUGUGCAAGAAGAUGCUAGCGACAGACCUACCAUGGCAUCGGUGGUGCUUAUGCUCAACAGCUUCUCACUCACUCUUGCAGUACCUUCAGAGCCUGCUUUUUAUAUGAAGAGUAUUAUUGUUUCUGAAAUCUCUCGUUCUUGGGAUAGUACUGAGGGGUGAACAAUGUGAACAAAAAGUCCAGACGUUAAACAAAUUUUCAUUACAUGAGUUUUGGAUUAGGAUUACAUCAAUGUGACUGAUCACAUUUAAAAUUAAUGCUACUAUAAAAUUAGAGUC